AUGGUCAAAGCAGGUUUACAGGAUCCAACACUCGGGUAUAAUGCACGGUCGGGAUGGGAAAUUAUCCGGCGACGGGGGGCCGAGACGGGACGUGGGGGUGUGGAAUGGACCGACAAGCAGGCGAAUAACAGAUGUCGCACAGAUGAAAGGGUCGAAGUUUCUGGAACGAACGGUCUCGCCUGGGAGAAGGAGAAUCGAGGGAGAUGUCAAUUGGAAGAUGUGAUUGGGGAGAGGACGAUGAGUGGGAAGCCUCAGGUGGGACGUGGCAUUUAG